CACACAGUUGGUGACGACGAACAGAACGACGAAUUGAUCCUCAGAAGCCCAAUCCAUCCACUUCACCAUCCCGCAACCAUGUCCUUAUCUACCGAUCUCCUCUGGGAGGUGACCCGCAACAACAGCGCCUUCCUCGUCAACCGCCGAACCGGCGGCGGCGCCCGCUUCUCUCGCGAUCCCUUGAACCUGACGAACGUCUACUCCCGAAAGUAUGAGGGUUCCAUCAACGAGAAGGCCUUCGGCGUCCAGCCCGCCGCGGAAGGCGGCGUUGAAGUCAGCGUGAAGAAGGCCGGCAAGGCGAACAAGCCUGCCUCCGCUCUGCAGACGUCGACGAUCGGGAAGGGGAAAUCCACCCGCAAGACCUACCAGAGCAUCGUCAACAGCACCACCAAGCGCCACUACCGCCCCGACCUCCGCGCCGAGGCCGUCGCCCGUGCCAGCGCGAUCCGCCAAAGCCAGCGACCGAAGAAGGCGACCCCGGAGCGCAAGCUGAGGGGCCGAAAGGCGGAGAAGGCGGCUGAAGUGGAGGCGUAAAGUAGAGAUGAACAAAGAUUGAGUGGAGAUGCGCAUAUGGUGAUAUGUGGGAGAUGGGAGGGGAGCCCUGUGUAUGGAGGGUUGGGCGGGAGUGAUUUGACCGUCAUUCGGAGUUAGGGGGCCUUGACUGAGCCGAAUAAAAUCAAUCAUACGUUUUCUGAGAUGGGUGGAGUAUUUGAUGUUGGGAGAUGUCUUUGUUCAUUCUUCUGUUGAGAAGGCUGUUGCACGCGUGCACGGUUAGCUACCCAAAGCCGACUAUCCACCGUUGCCUAUGAACGCCCUUGACAG